AGGGACUUCAUUAGAAGCCAAAUUAUUCAAGGAAUGAUGGCAUCGCAAGAGACAACUUUUGCUUUACUGGGUAACACUUUUUUCCUCCUGGUACGUCGUCCGAGGUAUUGGAGGGACAUACGAACAGAAGUUCUCAAGAAAGGUGAUGACAUACUCAAUUUCGAUGGUCUCCUAAGUUCAAGGACCUUACAGAAGAGUCUAGUAGAAGCAUCCUACGUUCUUACUAGAGUGGCCAGACAGUUUGAAAAGUUAGAAAGUAGAGAUGAUGAGCCGUGGAAAGGCGAGAUGAAGUCAACUUAUAAAAGUGCAAAUGGGUCUAAGGUCGCUUUUCAUAAAUCAUAAGAGUGGCGAUUUCCACGGCAGAGUAGAAUCUUAUGGGACAGUCGUUAUUGAAUGGCGUUAAAUUGGAUAAAGAACGAUCCUGUUAGCAAUACUUCAAUUUUGCUUAUUAUAAUUCCUCCUCGUCUUAUAAAAAGACUCAUCUGGGGCGUAACCUAUACGAUAGAGUUGCCUCUGUAUUGUGAAUCACAACUUAGCCAUAAUAUAGGUGAUC